AUGACUGACACCAUUGUCACCAACAAUCAAACACUCCUUCAUGUCAAUAUGACAAACGUCACAAAACUCACUCAAACCAAUUACCUUAUGUGGAAGCUCCAAGUUCGAGCCUUGGUCGAUGGCCAUGGUCUCGUUGGACAUCUCGAUGGUUCUCAGCAGAUCCCGCCGUCCACGCUUACCACCAACAAUGUUGUCUCUGACAACUCCGCCUUUGUCACAUGGAAGCGACAAAACCAACUGGUCUAUAGUGCCCUUCUUGGUGCUAUUUCUCUACCGGUUCAACCUAUUCUUUCUCGCACAACCAUCGCCUCUGAGAUCUGGACUACGUUGGCGGAGACGUUUGCCAAACCCAGCCGUGGUCAUAUCCAGCAAUUGCGAGAUCAACUAAAGGCGUGGAAUAAGGGGAAUCACACCAUUGAUGAGUAUCUUCAAGGGCUCACUACUCGUUUUGAUACUCUCGCUAGCUUGGGAAAACCAAUGGAGCAUGAUGACCCGAUCGAGAACAUUCUUGAUGGGUUACCCGAAGAUUAUCGUCCUGUCAUAGAUCAGACUAAAGCUCGUGAUGUCUCUCCCAUCAUUGCCUAUGUCCAUGAGCGUUUACGCAAUCGUUAA